UUGUAAUUUUGUAAUGUAAACCUAUUCUCGUUACCACCACGCCUCUUUUGUUUACGGAUUCAUUUGGAUAUUUUCGACUUUGAUUAGCCACUACGAGACGAAGCUUUUUUUCUGGCGGGGUUUCUGUUGUUUUCGUCGUGUUUCAGCUAUUCCAACUGUCUACCGUGUAUUCGUUAUUCUCCGCUUGUUCCUUGACAAUUAGUUCGUGCAAAUAUGACAGAACUGAUGGAAGUUGACCCUCAGCACGGGACAAAAGACUGCGUGCCGUGGGUGGAGAAAUACCGUCCCGUGUUAUUCAAUGACAUUGUCGGCAAUGAGGAAACCAUCGCCCGCCUUGAAGUUUUCUCCCGCGAAGGAAACAUGCCGAACGUUAUACUUUCUGGUCCUCCUGGGGUGGGCAAGACUACAACCAUACUGUGCUUGGCACGGAUACUACUGGGUCCAUCGUUCCGUGAAGCCGUGCUCGAGCUGAAUGCCUCAAACGAUCGUGGUAUCGACGUCGUUCGCAACAAAAUCAAGAUGUUUGCCCAAAAAAAGGUGACACUGCCGCCAGGAAAACACAAAAUAAUCAUACUGGACGAAGCAGACAGUAUGACAGAAGGCGCGCAGCAGGCACUGCGACGUACUAUGGAAAUAUACUCCAAAACAACAAGGUUUGCACUUGCUUGUAACACUUCCGACAAAAUAAUUGAACCGAUCCAAUCGCGCUGCGCCGUCGUGCGAUUCAGCAAGCUUUCGGACGCGCAAGUCCUCACAAAAUUGAUUGACAUCUGCAAGAAAGAAGACGUGAGCCACGCAGAAGGAGGAUUAGAAGCGCUCGUCUUCACAGCCCAAGGGGACAUGAGACAAGCCAUCAACAACUUGCAGUCCACUUUCGUCGGGUUCGGUCACGUCAAUAGCGAUAACGUUUUCAAAGUGUGCGACGAACCUCACCCUUUGCUUAUCAAAGAUAUGAUCCAGCAUUGUGCUGAUGGAGAACUUGAUAAGGCCUAUAAGAUUAUGCUUCACUUGUGGAAGCUUGGUUAUGCGUCGGAAGAUAUUAUCAGCAACGUCUUCAGAGUAUGCAAGACCCAUUCUAUUCCAGAGUAUCUCAAGCUGGAAUUCAUCAAGGAAAUUGGUUACACGCAGAUGCGGAUCCUUCAGGGUGUGCAGUCCCUUCUGCAGAUGGCUGGACUGUUAUCACGACUUUGUAUGAAAUCAAAAACUGUUAAACCCUGCUGAAAGUUCGUUGCUUUGGUGUCUCAAAUGUGAAUGAAGUAAACAUUACAUUACUGA